AUGUACGAUGGAAAAUAUGAAACCCUCCUCGAUAUUGCAUGGAACAAGGGCUUCAGCGAGGUGGUGAAGGAGUUGUUGAAGCGGCUUAUAAACGUCGAAUAUCAAGGUAUAGAGGUUCACAAGGCGCUCUGUAUCGCUGCCAGGGGCAGUGACAAAGAUCUAGUCGAUGCGCUACUCCAGAAUCAAGCACGCGUGGAUUACCUAGGUGACGUCGUCAAUGAUCGAGAUGAUUGCUAUGGCCCUGCCUUGGUAGAUGCUGCUCGUGGCGGUAGUAUUGAAAUCGCCGAAACCCUAUUGAAAGCCGGUGCCUCGGUGAAUCUACAGUCAUCCGUAAACGGAUGCCCUCUUAUAGCCGCGAUUGACUAUAAUCAACAUGAAAUGGUGGAUUUCUUGCUAAGAAAUAAGGCCAAUGUGAAUGGUUUUAGCAUGAAUAACCCUUUGAUGAGGGCCAUAAUCUGCCAGGAUCUUCAACAGGUGAAGUUACUUAUAGCCCAAGGUGCCUGUCUCGAUAUUGCAUGCUGCGAAUGGGGAGCUCCUCUUUUCGCUACAGUACUUUACUCCAACAAAGAAGCGGCUUUAUACCUGCUUGAAAAGGGAGCAAGUAUCGAUUUCGCCCUCGAAACCGCGAAGUUCUAUGACCUCGAGGAUGGCCAGAUUGUCGUUGUUGGGUUUCUCGAGGGGGCAGAUUAUAGUUAG